UCAUCCGCCUUCUGUGUCCGCUCGGCGAGGCGCAGCCCUUGCUUGACCUUGUACGGCCUUGCGCUCGACGGCAUCCAGGUGGGUGUCCUGGUGGAUGGCCACUUUGGUGAGGUUGACGACCGCGUGAGUGACGCCGCCCAGCAGCUGCUCGUGCUUGUGGUCGAAGUGGUUGACGGCGCUGUCUAGGUCGCGCAUCGAGUCGGCGAGUGUCUCCUGGACGUCUGCCACGGCGUCUGAGACGAUGUCGACGUUCGUUUGCAGGGCCAUAUCAUGGGCCACCGCCAUGGCCGCCGCGACGAUCCUGAUGGCCUCGUCGAAUUUGGCAGAAGUGCUUGAAACGCCGAGCUGCGUCACGAGCUGCUUGAUGGUGGCUUCCAUGCCCGCCAGCUUCUGCCCGUCGGUAGGGAGCUGUGCAGCUAUCUGCUGCGCGAGGAUGCGGUGCUUGACUGCUGCACGACGGGUGGUGGGGUCAUCAUGGGAGACAGCCAU